AAUUGGAGAGGACGCGAGAGAGAGAGAGAGAGAGAGUAGACGUCAAACCAAUUUCUUUCAUUCUCACAUCUCCGUCCAUCUCUGAUUUUCUAAGACAAAAAGCAACAGGCCUCAUGUUUCACUCUUAGAUUUCACUGUUUCACUGAUUUAUUGAACUACACUUGAGACGACGCGGAGGAGGAGGAGGAGGAGGUGAAGAACCAGCAAAAAAAAAAAAAAAGGAGCCGAAGUUUGAGGGGAAAACAGAAACAAGUUUCCGAAGCUUCAGCAAGGAGUAGGAGGAAAAAUCUGUUCGUUUACUCUAAGCUAGUUAUGCUUUUGAUUGUUGAGGAUGCAGCUCAGGGAUUUGAGUUCUCGUCAGCUGUGUCGAUUUGAGACAAGUGUUCAUAGCUUGUCUCUUUCUGAUAUCUGGAAAAUGGAAAUAACAUUGAAGAACAAUAGACAAUCAAGUUCCCAUCUGCAGUGAUUGUUCGGAAAGUUAGCAAUAACCCAUCAUGGCAGAUGUCAGUCCUUUGACUGAUACGUCAACUGAUGCAGAUACUGAAGAAAAAAACUCCAGGUUUCAAAACAACCAAUCCAUGAAUAUUGUUGGUUCUGAUGGCAGUGAUAAGACAAGAGAUCAAAAGACACUAAGGAGGCUUGCUCAGAAUCGCGAGGCAGCACGAAAGAGCCGUUUAAGGAAAAAAGCAUAUGUCCAACAGUUGGAGAACAGCAGAAUGAAGCUAACACAACUCGAACAGGAGCUUCAACGAGCUCGACAACAGGGCAUAUUUAUUUCGAGUUCAGGAGAUCAAUCACAAUCUAUGAGUGGAAAUGGAGCCUUGGCAUUUGAUGUAGAGUAUGCACGGUGGCUGGAGGAUCACAAUCGGCGAGUAAAUGAGCUAAGAGGAGCUGUUAAUUCCCAUGCGGGUGACGGUGAACUUCGCAGCAUUGUUGAUAGCAUCUUGGCACACUACGAUGACAUUUUCAGGAUAAAAGGAGAAGCUGCAAAAACUGACGUCUUUCAUGUUUUAUCAGGCAUGUGGAAAACACCUGCAGAAAGAUGUUUCCUGUGGUUGGGUGGAUUCCGUACAUCUGAACUCCUCAAGUUGCUUAUAAAUCAGUUGGAGCCAUUAACCGAGCAGCAAUUAUUGGCCAUCAACAACUUGCAACAGUCAUCCCAACAGGCUGAAGAUGCAUUGUCCCAGGGAAUGGAGGCAUUGCAGCAAUCUUUGGCUGAGACUCUUGCUGGAUCUCUUGGCCCUUCUAGUUCCUCAGGAAAUGUUGCGAAUUAUAUGGGUCAAAUGGCCAUGGCGAUGGGAAAGCUAGGAACUCUAGAGGGGUUUAUCCGCCAGGCUGAUAACCUGCGGCAACAGACACUGCAACAAAUGCAUCGCAUACUUACUACCCGCCAAUCAGCCCGUGCUCUUCUGGCCAUCAACGACUACUUCUCACGGUUACGAGCACUAAGUUCUCUAUGGCUCGCCCGCCCCAGGGAGUGACGGCCAUCUUCCAUCUAAUGCCACCUAGGAGAUUCUUGACAUUUGUAAAUGAGAAAACAAUCUGCUGGGACACUGCAAUUUUCAUUGGCCUGUAGUUUUGAGGCUGAGCUGCAAUCAUCCUUUCAAGCUGAGAUUUUUUGGCACCAUGCUGUUCAACCUCUUCAUGUUGUUGUGGUACAUAUUUCCAGAAAUUUUAGCCCUGUAUGGAUGUUAAGUUAUACAGUUUCAUGUUUUAGAUAGACUGAUUUGAUAGUGUAUUUUCUUUCAGCUUCUUGUCUAACUGCAACAAUGAGAAUUAAUCAAAAUUAGACCCUUUGUACUCCCAA